UCUGCUCUGUUUCCUUGUCCUCAGGACAGCUUCAGUCCUCUGGACAACAGUCCCUCCUGCUGCUGGAGUCCGUCCUCACCAGGUUCUGAUGAGUAACCCAAAACCAAACUCUGCCAAAAAGAUUUUACUGUUUGAGACUCAGUGGAUCCACCGGAUUAAAUCAGGUCAGACGGGUCAGCAGCUGUCUCCUGCAAGUUCAACCAGCCGGGUCAAAGGUCAACAGACAAGCGCGUGUGUGAGUGUGUGUGUGUGAGUAUAUUAGGAGGAUGGACGGAGGUGAAGCUCGUCGCCUCCUGAUCAGCAGAGAGAAAACAUGGAGGUGCAGAGAUCUGAGCCAAUCAGCUGUGAGGAUGAAGAGCACGAAGAGGAAGAGGAAACAGUGGUGCAGGUGGAGGACAGAGACUAUGAGUCCUCUGUGUCUGAGGAGAAGCAGGAUGCUGGGACCUGCAGCAGAAACACAGACUCUGAGCCUCCCAUCAGCCUCAAGACGGAUAAAUCCGGCCGUCUCCUCCUGGAGACUCCAGCCGACCUCCAGAACCUCCUGCUGCUGAGGAAGACCAAGAGACGGCAGAAAGCUGCUGUCAGGAGACCUGCUGCUGCUGCUCCCCCUGCUGUGCAGAGAGUGCCUUAUUACGUGGAUGAAGAGGAUUUCUUUAAGGCCUGUGAUCAGAACCAGCAGCUGGUAAUUGACAGGUACCUGUCCACAGGUGGAGACGUCAACGCCUGCGACACAUUUGAGCGUACAGGGCUCCACAGAGCGUGCUCUCAGGGUCACACUGACGUCGUCAUCAAACUGUUGGAGGCUGGAGCGAACGUCCACAGCAGAGACAAGCUGUGGUCCACAUGUGUCCACUCUGCCUGUCGAAGAGGACACCUGUCUGUGCUCAAACUGCUGUUGAACCACGGAGCCGACAUGACGGCAACAGACAAGCUGGACAGCACUGCUCUUCAUGUCUCUGUGAGGACUGGACACUACGACUGUGCUGAACAUCUGAUUCACUGUGGAGCUGAAGUCAACACACAGGACAGAGUGAGUCAGCGCACACACACACACAUGCACGCACGCACACACAGGUCUGACGUGUGGCGUCUGUUUCAGGAGGGAGACACGCCUCUGCAUGACGCUAUUCGACUCAACAGAUUCAAAAUCAUUCAGCUGCUGUUACUGCACGGAGCCGACACACACAUCCCCAACCAGGAUGGACGUCGUCCCCUGGACGAGGUCUUCCAGUGGCAGGACGAAGCGAGGAGUCUCCUCCUGCAGCAGAAGUGACGGCUCCUCGUUCUGUCGAUUAUUGAUGUUCAUGUUGUAUCUGGGACCUUGAACACGUCGUGAUCCAUUAUGUUCACUCUGCUUUAAAAAAUCUUCAG